AUGGGAAGAAAAUCACUGUACCUUCUGAUGCUGGGGGUCUUCUUAGCAUGUUAUGUUUACACGCCUCUCCCAGAGAAUAUUGAGGAACCAUGGAGGCUGAUGUGGUUGAACACACAUCUGAAAACUAUAGUACAUUUGGCUACAUUUGUUGAGCUGCUGGGACUUAACCAUUUUAUAGAUUCCAUGAUGAUUGGUAUGAGUUUUAGUGAAGUUCCACCAACCUCAGAUGAAAAUGUCACUGUGACUGAGACAACAUUCAAUGACGUUCCCGUCCGUGUAUAUGUGCCAAAGAGGAAGUCAGAAGCACUGAGGAGGGGCAUGUUUUACAUCCAUGGUGGUGGCUGGUGUUUGGGAAGUGCUGCUUUACAAAAUUAUGACCUACUGUCAAGAUGGACAGCGGACAGACUUGAUGCUGUUGUCAUAUCAACCGACUACAGAUUAGCCCCUAAGUAUCAUUUCCCAACUCAAUUUGAAGAUGUAUAUAAUGCCUUACGGUGGUUUUUACAAGAAAAAGUUCUUGCAAAAUAUGGCGUGAAUCCUGAGCGAGUUGGUGUUUCUGGAGAUAGCGCAGGAGGCAAUUUAGCUGCAGCAGUAACGCAACAGCUCUUAGGUGAUGUGGAUGUCAAGAUCAAACUCAAGGUCCAGUCUUUAAUUUAUCCUGCCCUUCAGCCUCUUGACUUAGAUUCACCAUCGUAUCGAGAAAACUCAGAUUUUUCCAUUCUGUCAAAAUCACUCAUGGCUAGGUUCUGGAGCGAGUAUUUUACUACAGAUAGAUCACUUGAGAAAGCCAUGCUUUCCCACCAGCAUGUUCCUGUGGAAUCAAGUCAUCUGUUCAAGUUUGUUAAUUGGAGUUCCUUGCUCCCUGAGAGGUUUAUAAAAGGACAUGUUUAUAGCAAUCCAACUUAUGAUAGUUCUGAGUUAUCAAAAAAAUACCCAGGCUUUCUGGAUGUGAGAGCAGCCCCCCUGUUGGCUGAUGAUGACAGGUUGCGUGGUUUACCUCUGACCUACAUCAUCACCUGUCAACAUGACGUGUUAAGAGAUGAUGGAAUCAUGUACGUCACUCGCCUUCGGAACGCUGGAGUCAGGGUGACCCAUAACCACGUUGAGGAUGGAUUUCAUGGAGCACUUUUAUUUCUGAAUUCUAAAAUUAGUUACAGGAUGAUAAAUCAGUAUAUUAGUUGGCUAAGUGAAAAUCUAUAG